AAUCAUUAAUCAAUUAUCAUUUUCAAUCGGGCAUAUUGGUAAGCUAAGGUGUAUAAUACUGUAUGGAACUGCGGAAUUUUUGAUCUUUGUGCCGUGAUAAGAAAAUGAAAGUCAUCAGUUGCUUGAACACAUACUCCAUAAAUUCAAUGUUAUAAAUGACGUACCGCGAUUAGUUGGUGAGAACAACUUGAACCUGUCGGUGGUUUUAAACUCAGCCAGAGUCUCCCUCGGAUAGAAAAAAACUUUCCAACGCCACGAGAAAAAAAUCAAAUAGACAAACAAAGAAAUGUCGAUAAAAAGCACAUUCAUCGAUGAAAUGCGAGGUUUCAUCGCAUUCUUUCUCAUUUUUGGUUUGUGGCCGACGUGGCAAACCACAAAGUAUAAAACUUGGUUAAUGUUGUAUUCGAUUUUUUCGAUUCUGUUGGUGUUCUUCAUAUUUUUAUCGGCAAUAUACAUAAAUAAAGUGCUAGAAGAUAGUACAUUAUCAACUGCCGUUGCUUACUCGUUCCUGUUCAGCAUUUUAACGACCCAUUUGAUAAUCGUGGUGCAGUCGCUGUUCUAUCGCAAAUCGCAAACAAAACUUAUCCAAAAGUUUUCGCAGGUCGACCGUUUGUUCAAUACAAAGUUACAGAUAUUCAUGUCAUAUCGCAAGGAGAAACAGGCACUGUUCAUACGAUUUUCAUUGCUGUUAUCCAUAUUUGUUGCCAUCAAAGUGGGAUUAAUGGUUCAUCUGCACUCGACGGGCAGGCUAGGUUCUUUUUGGUAUCAUUGCCUGUUCUCGAUUUGGAUUAUGCGUUUAAGAUCCGUACAAGUGUUAUUUUUUGUGUAUUUACUGCGAGCCCGAUUGAUUUUGGUCAAUGAUAAAGUCAAGGAAAUUUUAGCAGCACGUAACAUACACACUGGCAGCACGAAUGAAUGGCAACCAAUCACCGAUACCAGGGAUAUCGUCUUCGUUUUGGACACCUCGAAUGCAAAGUACUCAACUUACGACCGAUUAUUGAAUUUGAAACAAAUCUACGGUGAAUUGUUCGAAAUAUGCGAACUUAUCAAUGUUACAUUCGGGUGGUCGUUGUUGGCGAUAAUCACGCAAUGCUUCAUCGAUUUUACAAGCAACAGUUAUUGGACGUUUUUAGCAUUGGAACAAAAAGUACCAGAUACUGCGAAUGCCGUCGACUGUAUUGGUUUAUUGGUGCCUAUCGUUAUAAUACUCAGUCUAUUGGCUUACUACUGCUCGUCUUGUUCUCGAUAUGCUCGAUUCAUGGGAAGUUACCUACACCGUAUCACAAGAGAAAAGGAAAAUGAACCACAAAACGAUCUUGUGCGAGAAUUUUCGCUGCAAGUAAUACAUGAACCAAUUUCUGUUACGGCAAAUGGAUUUUUCAACGUAGAUUUCGAUCUAUUAGGAUCGAUGGGUGCCGCAACCGUAACCUACUUGGUUAUCUUGAUUCAGUUUGAACUAAGCGACAAGGAAAUACAAAACAUGUCGAAUGCGAAUAGGACAAUAUGGAGCAAUUAAACAUUGAUUUGAUGGCCAAUCUAUGAAUAGAUGAAGCAUUUGAUAUUCACAUGUGUAGUAGCACCUGUCUUGAUUAACCAAAGCACCAAUAUUGCGUUGUUGUGAUUGCAUUCAACAAUUUAUCACCAAACUUAUAAUUAUUUGUGAUUGCAUUCAAUAAAAAUCAGUACGA